GCACGCGUAGUGCGGCGGGAGGGGGGGAGCGCUCCCGCCAUGUCGCAACGCUGCGGGGACCGCGAUCGCGAUAGGGAGCACGACAGGGAGCGGGAGCUGCAGUGGUCGGCCCGCAGGAUGGGUACGUCGCUGCUGCUGCAGCUGUCGGCGCACGAGCGAGAGCUGGACCUCGUGUGCCUCGACCACAGCUACGCCAAGCCCUGGAGCGCGCACCCCGAUGCCAGCGCGGCCCGGCCCGCCCGACUGCUCUUCAUCACACCCCGCAGGCACCUCGGCACCGCCCCGGAGGCCGACAUGCCAAUUGACGUGGAGACAGUGACGCCCACCCCGGUACCCCUGUACGACAACCAGAAGGCCCGGAGUGUGAUGAACGAGUGCGAGAGGCACGUCAUGUUCGCACGCACUGAUGCUGAUGCACCUCCACCCCCUGAUGACUGGGAGGAGCACGUCAACAGGACAGGGUGGACCAUGGCCCAGAACAAGCUGUUUAACAAGAUCCACAAAGCGCUGCAGUCGGACAGGUUGGCUCGCCUGGCCAAUGAGGGGGCUUGCAAUGAGCCUGUCCUGAGGAGGAUAGCGGUGGAUAAAUGUGCCCGGAGGGUGCGCCAGGCCCUGGCCAGUGUGAACUGGGACACCAAACUUAUCCAGUGGCUCCACACGACACUGGUGGAGACCCUCAGCCUGCCCGUGCUGGCCGCAUACCUGGAUGCUCUGCAGACCCUGAAAGGAAAGAUCCCCACACUGAUCGACAGGAUGCUGCUCUCUUCCACGGCCAAGACAGGAGCAGCUGGGGCUGAGGCUUUGUCCCUGCUGCUCAAGAGGCCUUGGGACCCAGCAGUGGGUGUCCUGUCCCAUAAUAAACCAAGCAAGUUGCCUGGUUCCCCUCUCAUCCUCAUCGCUUCCUCUGGCCCUGCCAACUCCAUGUUCCCCGCUUCCCGACGGCACCGCUUCUGGCAGUCACAGCUCUCCUGCCUGGGAAAGGUGAUUCCCAUUGCCACCUCCCUGCUGAACAAUGGCAGUGGGGUAGGAGUGCUGCAGUGUCUGGAGCACAUGAUUGGGGCUGUGAGGAGCAAAGUGGCAGAGAUUCACAACCACUUCUCUCACAAGCAGAUCAUCCUGAUCGGGUGGAACACGGGUGCCUUGGUGGCCUGUCACGUUUCAGUGAUGGAAUAUGUCACUGCCGUUGUGUGCCUUGGAUUCCCACUGCUCACCGUGGAUGGCCCCAGAGGGGAUGUUGAUGACCCCCUCCUGGAGAUGAAGACCCCCGUCCUCUUCGUCAUUGGGCAGAAUUCCCUGCAGUGCAACAUCGAAGCCAUGGAGGAUUUCCGGGAGAAAAUCCGAGCAGACAACAGCAUGGUGGUGGUGGGGGGAGCAGAUGACAAUCUCAGGAUAAGCAAAGCCAAAAAGAAGUCAGAAGGCCUGACCCAGAGCAUGGUGGACAGGUGCAUCCAGGAUGAGAUAGCUGACUUCCUGACUGGAGUGCUGACCCGAGCCGAGAGCCACUCGGGCUCCGACCCCCGGGACCUGGAUGCUGAGAAGAAGAAAAAGCCCCGUGACUCCACCAGGAGGGAUCUGUCCUUUGACUUGCCAGAAAGGAACAGCAGACCUACCUCCCCCGCAGCCAAAGUGCCAGCCUCGCCCUCAGGAUCAGAGGACUUAUCCAGCGUCUCCAGCAGCCCCACUUCCAGCCCCAAGACCAAAGUGGCCACAGUGUCCCUCCAGAAGCCCCCCCCAGUGGGCACCACACAGCUCCUCAAGAGGCAGAUGCCGAGGGCAGACACAGUCCUGACACACAAGCAGGCACAAGUUGUCUCCGGAAAGCCGGUGCCCAUGGCCGUGUCUGGAGCAAAGGAGCUCUCGGGGCUGCUCUCCACCCCCAGGCUGAGUUCAGCAGCAGAGGCGCCACUAAGCCCCGCUCCAGCUGGAAUUCCCAGUAGCACAGCUCCCAGUGCAUUCCAUGCCCUGCAGAGCAGGCUGGUGGCCAGCAGCACCCACGGCCUGCAGGCCCAGCCAGCCAGUGCCCUCCAAGGAGCAGCAUCUGCCAGCAGCCUGCUCCAAGGGCUGAGCUUCAGCCUGCAGGACAUUGGGACCAAGACAUCCACCCUCCCUGCCAGCAUGGCUGCUGCUGGGCCACCUGUGCAGAGCUCAGCUGUGAAGGCUCCCACAGCCCUGCAGAGCCUCAGUGCCAUCACCACAGACACGGGCACCAUCGUCCGCACCAUCCCUGUGCCCACCUCCCUGGCCCUGGGGGCCUCAGCCAGCGGGAAGCCCUCGGCCAUCCACCAGCUGCUGACCAAUGGGGGGCUGGCCAAGCUGGCCAGCAGCCUGCCAGGGCUGGCCCAGAUCUCCAACCAGGCAGCAGGCCUGAAGGCGCCCACGACCAUCACUGUGACCCUGCGAGGGCAGCCCAGCCGUGUGAGCACCCUGAGCCAGGCGGCUAUGGGGAUGAUCCAGCCCCAGCUGGAGGAGCAGCCCAUGCAGACACAGGGCCCUCAGUGACCACCACCAGCCCCAUGAAGACCCUCUACGUCAUGUCAGCCGCCAGGCUCUCAGCUCUCACCAAGCCUGGGAUGAGUGAGGCUCCUGCCAUGCCCCUCACACUGCUGGGCAUCCAGCCUUCCUCCUCUUUCUGUUCCUCCUCCUCCUCCUCCACUGGUGCCCUCCUCUUUGCCACCCUGGUGCACCCCAAGGUGGGACCUGCCCUGCAAAGCCCCUCCAGGAUGCUCCUCCUGACCCUAGGGAAGGGUGACAGGGCCCUAGGACACUUCAGGGAGAGGGUCAGCCUAGCCAAGAGCCACGUCCUGGGGCCCCUGGAGACCCUGGGGAGGGCUCCCCUCAUGGUGGACAACGGCAGCACCAUCAUCCACCCCAGGGAGGCUCAAGCCAACAGACACUUAGUGCGUAUCCUCAGGCUGGACAGCUCCUCCAGCAUCACCCACCAGCCAUAGGGACCCCAGGGACCCACAGGAAGGCUGAGGGGUGGGAAAGGAGCAGCCCCCUGGGCAGAGGAGUGAUGUUUUUCUGGGUUUGUUAUUGUUUAAUAAAAAUUUCCUUUUUUA